AUGAUGAACGACUUAGCUCGAAAGCUAAGCAGAAGGAAACGAGCGGCUUGGGGAGCUUUCAAGAGCAUCGAGGAUGCAGUGAAGAGGACAAAGAACACCCGACUCCGUGCCCACCUUUUCGACUCAACGGUACUUCCUGCUCUAACGUGUGCGUCAGAUACCUCGUCGCUGCGUAAGCAGGAUGAAAAAUCACUCAGCGUUAUUGAAGGCGCUGUCGAAAGGGUGAUGCUAGGAGUAUCCCGUGUCACGUAA